AUGGCAGACAGUAAGUUAUACGAUAUCUUAGGUGUUUCAAAAAAUGCAAGUGAAUCAGAAAUAAAAAGGAGUUACCACAAGUUAGCAAAAGAAUUCCAUCCUGAUAAAAACCCAGCCGCAGGGGACCGAUUUAAAGAAAUAAGCUAUGCUUAUGAAGUUUUAUCUGAUCCAAAGAAAAGGCAAACUUAUGAUAAGUAUGGAUUAAAAGGUUUGCAAGAGGGAGGACAGGGAGGAGCAUUUCCAGCCGAUGACUUGUUGGGCCAUUUCUUUGGUGACAUUUUUGGUAUGGGUGGUGGAAGUCGAGGAAGAGGUAGAGCUCGUGGAGAGGACACUAUACAUCCCCUAAAAGUUUCUUUAGAGGAUAUGUACAUGGGCAAAACUGCUAAAUUACAACUAAGUAAAAAUGUUAUUUGUGGUUCUUGUAAAGGAAUAGGUGGAAAACCAGGAUCAGUUGUAUCGUGUAGAGAUUGUCAUGGACAGGGUAUUAAAGUGUCUUAUCAACAAAUUGCGCCGAAUAUGACUCGUCAGUUUCAAUCUCGUUGUUCCACUUGCCAAGGAAAAGGUGAAACAAUUAGUGAUAAAGACAAAUGUCCUAAAUGUAAGGGCAAGAAAAUUUUGAAUGAGAUAAAAAUUUUAGAAGUUCAUGUUGAAAAAGGUAUGAGAGACAACCAAAAAAUUUACUUCAGAGGUGAAGGUGAUCAGUAUCCUGAUGUAGAACCGGGAGAUGUUAUAAUUGUUUUGCAACAAAAACCGCAUGAAGUGUUUCAGUGUACAGGGUUAAAUGACCUUAUUAUGAAGCGUGAUAUCACAUUGACUGAGGCUUUGUGUGGUUUUGAAUUUGUUGUAAAGCAUUUAGAUGGUCGUGAUCUACUUAUCAGACAUUCUGCUGGUGAAAUAAUAAAACCUGGAGAUCUGAAAGGCAUACAAGGUGAAGGAAUGCCACUAUAUAAAAACCCAUUUGAGAAAGGAAAUUUGUACAUAAAGUUUAACAUAAUAUUCCCAGAAAAUAACUUUGCAACCGAAGAACAACUAAAACAAAUAGAAAGUAUACUGCCACCACGACCAGCCUUUGUUAUGCCAACAGGUGAAGAUGUAGAAGAAGUGAACAUGAUGGAAUAUACUGCUAGUGAAAGGGAACGAAGGAGAGAGGAAGCAUAUGCUAGUGAUGACGAAGAACAUAUGCAUAGUGGUCCUGGUAUGCAAUGUGCACACCAGUAG